AUGGCCACAACUACUUCACAACAUCGUCCUAAAGGCCUUCUAUCCAAAAAUUCAACCAAAAAUCCAAUUCGAUUUCCACUUUUACCUAAUGGCAAUAAUACAACUUCAAAUAAUAAUAUUACCACCAAUAAAUCUACCAAUAAAUCUACCAAUAAAGAUAGUUCUUAUGAGUACGGUAAUAUUCUUGCCGGCAGUAAAAAACGCCUUGGAAAAACGAAGAUUAAUAUUGUUGAGAAAAAAGAUUUGUUAGUUACUGGUAUCGGAACUAUACAGCCCACUAAAACAUAUCCAAAAGAUGAGCCUUUUCAACACGAAGAAGCGCCUAUUUAUUCCAAGGCUUUACUACAAGGUAUUAUAUUGCCAGUCAUUUUAUAA